CAGCAUUGUAUUCUUUUUAAUUUGUAUUAGUCAAUGUCGCUACAUUGUGUUUAUGUUGUACUUAUGUGUACUUUACACAACCUCUUGUUUUGUGUUCUCUCUGGUGACUGCAAGGAACAGACACCAAACCAAAAGGAUGCUCAGGGUCCUUUUCUUGAGUGAUCACACCGAACCUAAAGUGCAAUAAACUACAGAACUAAUUUAAAUUAUUCUUUUAAAAUCGCUCUGUGUUUACCAGCAGAGUUUAUUCUCUUGUUGUGCUUAUCCUAGUUCAACUGUGAUCUUUUGGAGUGCUGUUUCACCCUUUAUUCUAUGGGAACCAUGAACGUGAGUUUCCUGGCAACAGAAGGAAUACAAGCGUGGAUUGGAGAAUUCCUGACAGCAGCACGUGCUGGCCUGUGGCUGAAUCCCAGCUGUGACCACGCUCUUUGUGGCCUUGCACAGAGGUGCUGCUGGGUGUGCUUUGCUCUAAAUACCCACGGCAGAGCUGCCCUUCCCAGCCCUUCCCAAACUGUGGGUGCUCAGCAGGGCUGGCAGCUCCCGUGCCACAGACAGCCCUGUGCUCACCCUGUGCCUGCCUAGGCUCAGCAGCCUGUCCUGCAAGGCCAGCUCAUCAUCCACGGUGCUCAGGACACGUUUCAUGGCCAGCUUGUCCUCUGUGCCCAAGCCGUCCUUCCUGGCUGGGCCAUGUGUCACAGCCAGGCUAGUCUUUCAUGGCCAUGCCCAUCCUUCAUGGUCUGGCCACUUCAAACUUGCAGACUGUCCUUUGCUGCCAGGCCUGUUCUUAACAGCCAGACCAUUAUCCAUUGUGGCCAGGCUCGUCUUCCUUCGCUAGCUGGUCCUAAGGCUGGUGGUGUGGAGCAGCCAGGCCGGCUCCUGCCAUCCCCUGCGGGUCCGAGCAGGGCAGAGCGGGUCAGUGCGGGGCAGAGCGGGUCAGUGCGGGUCGGAGAGAUGCAGAGCGGGUCAGUGCAGGUCGGAGAGAUGCAGAGCGGAUCAGUGCGGGGCACAGCGGGUCCGUGGGGGGCAGAGAGGUGCAGAGCGGUUCAAUGCGGGCCAGAGCGGGUCAGUACAGGGCAGAGCGGGUCCGUGCGGUGCGGUUCGAACGGGAAGGGUCCGUGCCGCCCGGAGCGGAUGGGAGCGGAGGGGUCCGUGCGGCUCGGAGCGCAGGGCUCUGUGUGGAGCUGUUCGGAGCCGGUACCCCCCGGAGCGAAGAGCCCGGUGCCGCUCGGUUCGGUGCGCAGGGUUCGGUGCGGGGCUGUUCGGAGCCGGUGCCGCUCGGUUCGGUGCGCAGGGCUCGGUGCGGGGCUGUUCGGAGCCGGUGCCGCUCGGUUCGGUGCGGGGCUGUUCGGAGCCGGUGCCGCUCGGUUCGGUGCGCAGGGCUCAGUGCGGGGCUGUUCGGAGCCGGUGCCGCUCGGUUCGGCGCGGCCGCUCGGCGGAGGCGGCGGCGGAGGCCGCGCCCGCCGGUGAGUGACGGCGGCGGCACUUCCUGCGGGCGAGCGGCGGCGGAGCAGCCCGAGCCUUUGUGCGGGAGCGCAGGACGGUCCCCGCGGCGCCCCGCGGCCCCGGGCGGGCGGCAGCAGCGGAGGCGGCGGCGGCUGCAGUGCGGAACCGGCAGCGGAGCUUCCCCCGCCUCCACCGCCGGCCAGGACAGAGCAGGCGCCGCCGCUCCGGACACCAGGUUGUGUUUUCUGUUUACAAGCCUGAAGAUGGCUGCUGCUGCUUCCUGCAAUGUGGAAGAAGAUGAGAGCCUGAAGGGAUGUGAACUCUAUGUUCAGAAACACAACAUCCAACAGAUUUUAAAAGAAUGCAUUGUAAACCUCUGUAUAGCAAAGCCAGACCGACCCAUGAAGUUCCUCAGAGAACACUUUGAAAAAUUAGAAAAGGAGGAAUGCAAGCAGCUCCUGGCUCGGCAGAAGUCCAGCUCCCAGUCGGACUCUCACGACGAUGAGGUUUCCCCUCCGCCGCCCAACCCGGUGGUGAAGGCGCGGCGCCGGCGGGGCGGGGUCAGUGCGGAGGUGUACACGGAGGAGGAUGCUGUUUCCUACGUCAGAAAGGUUAUUCCAAAGGACUAUAAAACUAUGACUGCUCUGGCUAAGGCCAUCUCCAAGAAUGUGCUCUUUGCUCAUCUUGAUGACAAUGAACGAAGUGACAUAUUCGAUGCCAUGUUCCCUGUCACACACAUCGCAGGAGAAACAGUCAUACAACAGGGUGAUGAGGGAGACAACUUCUAUGUGAUUGACCAGGGCGAGGUGGAUGUUUAUGUCAACGGGGAGUGGGUGACCAGCAUUGGAGAAGGAGGCAGUUUUGGGGAGCUGGCACUCAUCUAUGGGACCCCCAGAGCUGCCACUGUCAAGGCCAAGACAGACCUGAAGCUCUGGGGCAUCGACAGAGACAGCUACAGACGCAUCCUGAUGGGCAGCACCCUGAGGAAGAGGAAGAUGUAUGAAGAAUUCCUGAGCAAGGUCUCCAUUUUGGAGUCCCUGGACAAAUGGGAGAGGCUGACAGUGGCUGAUGCACUGGAACCUGUCCAGUUUGAAGAUGGAGAAAAAAUUGUUGUGCAGGGAGAGCCUGGUGAUGACUUCUUCAUUAUUACAGAGGGCACAGCCUCUGUCCUGCAGCGCAGGUCCGACAACGAGGAGUACGUUGAAGUUGGUAGACUUGGUCCAUCAGAUUAUUUUGGUGAGAUAGCCCUGCUGCUGAACCGGCCCCGGGCAGCCACGGUGGUGGCUCGAGGGCCCCUCAAGUGCGUGAAGCUGGACCGGCCCCGCUUCGAGCGCGUGCUCGGGCCCUGCUCCGAGAUCCUCAAGAGAAACAUCCAGAGGUACAACAGCUUCAUUUCGCUCACCGUCUAAGGGAUUCCUCUGCAAAGCUGCCUUCGUCUGACCUUGUGCACUUCAAAUUUGCUCCGUGCGGCUCCGUAGCUUUGUGAAGAAAACAAAAAAGAAGUGUGCAUUUUAUGUGUGUUUUUUUCUGUUUGUGUCACCUAGUGGAUGUCAGCCCAAAUCUCACGUGUCAUGGAAGUGGAAGGAUAACUGUUUGGGUAAGACUAGCUUUGGGGAAGAUUUGGGGUACUUUUGGGCUCUUGGCUUGCAGACAAGAUUUUUACUUAUUGUUGGUUCAUAUUGCUUAAAACUGUGGGUUCAACUAUUUAAAAUACUUAUGAAUUUCUGUUUUAUUAUCUUUAAAGCUGGUCUUAUUCACCUUUUGUCAAAGUUCUCUGAUCAAGUGAUGUGAAAGAUGUCCCUGCCCAUGGCAGGGGGUUGGAAGCCUUUCAGGUCCCAAACCAGUCUGUGAUUCCAUGAUAUCUCUGCCUGUCACUUCUAAAAGACUUUUCACUGGUUAUGGACUGGGGGGUUCUGAAAUCCCAUGGAAUGAGUGGCAGUCUCAUUGAUGAGAUGCAAUUUAAGGGGGAAGGUUGGAGGAAGGUUUUGAUCAUUCCAGCAAGCCAGAGAAAAGUAAAGCUUUUGAGUGGUUUUGUUUGUGGCUUAGAUAUAGGGGCCAUAUUCCUCUGUGUCACAAACCCUUUUGGGUCUGCUUUGUAGGAUAUACUCAGGCAAACAGCCUGCUCCAGUCUUUUGGGUGAAGAGGUCAAGGGACAAUGUUUUGUAAGAAUUUAAAUGGAGCCUUUAGGACCUAAGUUAUUUGUCCUCAGCUUUUUUAAAAUGAGGGUUUACAUUGGAGUCCUUAGAAAUCCAAUGGGGGCUUCUCUGCUGAAUUAAGUUGGCUUCAAAACUCAGCAGAAUGUCCUCAGCCACUUCUCUGAACAUUACAUGAAAUACUGAAGAGAUGGUGCCAGGUGCACUUCAGGGACAAAUGCAGCAGCUUGUUUUUAAUAAAGUCCACUUAAUUAAAUUAAAAUGCCUUUCUUCUAGUAUAUAACUAAAUUUUAGAAUUUUUUAAAAUUUUCUGAAAGCCAAAUAAGUGCUUCAAAAUGCUGCUUCUUGUCCAAACGACAGGUAUUGUGUAACAAAGAGCACCAGGAUCCUGGAGCCCAGGUCCCUCCAGGGGCCUCACAGCCUAGCUGGCAGUCAUUGCUGCCCUGCCUACACAUGGGGCUCCUCCUGAAUGGAGCUUUUUGCAGAUCUCUCAAGGCUGGGGAUCUGCACAUCCCUCGAGGAUGGGAUCAUUUGGAUUAUGAUUUGCAAAGCUUUACCUUUGCAGGUGAACUUGCCAUUGCCAGCAGCAAUGAAGCUCUGCAUCUCAGCCACCCUAAACAGCACUGCCUGCUCUUCAGUUGGGCCAAAACCCCAUUUCUUCUUUACAAUAACAUUCUCCUGAGUAAAUACAAACUUUCUGUACCUUUGAUGUGCCAAAGGUUAAGCAGUGAAAUACGGCACCAAUCUCCCUUUUGAAAUUAGAGGUGUAGCUGAACUUGGCUAAAUGGCUUAAAAUGAGUCCUACUGACACACAAUUCUUUCUUCUUUGGAAUGAAAUACUAAUUGGACACUUUCCUGUUGACUCCCACAAAGGGCCCAAUAUUCCAGUAGCUGCCUACAGUGGUUCUCACAGAGCUAAAAAGCUGCUCAGCUUCACGCUCUCCUCAUCACUUAAAGGUGCUUAAUUUAUUUUAGCAUAAUUGCAGUGGUCCUGUUAGUGUAUAUUCGUUGCUGCUAUUUAUUAUGAUUAUGUUAUGCUUCGUGCACGUGUUAUUAAAUAUGACCAUUCAAAGUUUCCAACCUUGCAAUUUUUAUCAUGUACAUUUAUAUAGGCAGACCCCCAUUCUAUAUAGAUAGGUCAAUGUAUUUGCAUUUGGUUAUUUGCUGCACUGUUUUUUGUAUUUUCUUGUGCAAUUUUUAAAAGGAAUAUUUUUUAAAUGUUACCAGUCAUUCAAGUAUGUUCUUUUACCUGUUGCAUUUCUGUUGUGUUGGUAAAAAAAUUGUGAGUGUUUCACAUAAUAUGCAGGACACAUCUCUUGUCAAAUACCAAGUAUUAGCCUCACUGUUUAGAAGUUAUUCAAGCACACAGACACACUGCAGAUUCUUUGCUUUAAACCUUUACAGCUCAUGGAAAAUACGUUUGAAUUAUGGUUCUGUUAUAAGCAAUCUCAAGAGAAAUGUAACUGUCUAACACCAGGAUUCCUGUGCUUUAAGUGGAACAAAAUGAUAUUCAGUGACAUUUUGAAGAUAAUUGUAAUAUUUGCAGUGGAUGAUGGGACAGGAAUAUGGUAUGAAUAAAAUUCUUCUACGUUAUAAGUG